AUGCCCGGCCGUACCCUUCCGACGAUUCCGACCGCUGAGGUGCGCGCCCACAAUAACGAAAAGUCGUGCUAUGUCACUAUAGGGACCAAAGUCUACGAUGUCACCGAAUUUCUUGAUGGCCAUCCUGGUGGCCCCGAGUUUAUCCUGGAAUACGCCGGCAAGGAUGUAGAGGCAAUCUUGAAGGACGAGAUCUCGCACACACAUUCCGACUCUGCCUACGAGAUCCUUGAGGAAAAUCUGGUUGGUUUCAUGGCUACUGAGCCUGUCAUCAAUGGCGCAGUCAAGAGCUCCAAGCCAGGAGACAUUGUCCCAUUGCCACCCUCCGAAGAGGGCACCGCAGAACUUAAGGGCAUGUCACAGAACGGCAAGCCCCUCUACGCAGCAACCGGCAUGUCGUCCGAAGAAGACCUAUCAAAAGAGACGGACCCGAACAAGGACUACAAGGAGCACAAAUUCUUAGACCUCAGCAAGCCCCUCUUGAUGCAGGUCUGGAAUGGCGGAUUCAGCAAGGACUUUUACUUGGAGCAGGUGCACCGACCGCGUCAUUACAAAGGCGGUGACUCUGCGCCAUUAUUCGGUAACUUUCUGGAGCCGCUGAGCAAGACGCCUUGGUGGGUUGUGCCUUCUCUGUGGUGGCCUUGCAUUGCAUACGGUACAACAGUGGCUCUCGGUGGGCUACAGUCUGCCCCAGUGCUGGCAGGAUACUGGGCCUUCGGGUUGGGCUUUUGGACCAUCAUAGAGUACGUCCUACACAGGGGUCUGUUCCAUCUGGAUGACCAUCUGCCUGACAACCGUGUCGGCAUCACCCUCCACUUCCUCCUCCACGGCAUUCACCACUACCUCCCCAUGGACAAGUAUAGACUUGUUAUGCCGCCAACGCUUUUCGUUGUUCUGGCAGCGCCGUUCUGGAAGUUUGCCCAAACUGUCAUCUUUUGGAAUUGGUAUGCGGCUUUGGCUGCGUACUGUGGCGGCGUGUUUGGAUACACAUGCUACGAUAUGACGCACUACUUUCUUCAUCAUCAAAAGCUUCCUGAAUACUACCAGCAACUGAAGAAGUACCAUCUCAAGCACCACUUUGCCGACUACCAGAACGGAUUCGGAGUUACCAGCCGCUUCUGGGAUAGGGUUUUUGGCACUGAGCUUGAAAUGGGACCUACAAAGGUCAUCAAGACUACGUAAGGCGGGGAAUUUGAGAAGAAUUCUGUUAUUAGACAUGUACGCUUUUAAUCACAUUGUGAAGACUGCAUUGGGAGGCGUUCAAGCGGAUUCCACAAGACCAUUUUGGGUCGGUCACAUCGCUGGCUUACGGAUUUCCGACGUUAAUGUCCUUCUCUACGAACACUAGCACCAAUAAUAGUAAUGCUCACCGGAUCAC